AUGGAUAGAGAGAAGUUUCAGCAGAAGGCUCUGAAGCAAACUAAGCAGAAGAAAUCCAAGUCGGCUGAAUUUCUGAUGGUUAAAGAAGACAGAGAAGCUAUGGAAGGCAUUGGAAAUCCAGCUUUUAACAUGAGCAGCCCAGAUCUCUCAGCAUAUCAGCCUUCAGAAGAGAAAGUUAUUAGACAUGACAUGCUGGAUCGCAACCUUGCAGCUCACCAACAAAAAUUCAGGCUGCUAGCCUCUGCUGAACCAAAAGGAAAUGAAUACAGCAGAAAUUACUUUGACCCACUGAUGGAUGAGGAAAUAAACCCAAGGCAGUGUGGGAUGGAGGUCAGCAGAGAGGAUGAGAGCAUCCAGGAGAAGACUUGGGGUUCUGAAGAGCCGAGGAGUUCCAGUAAGAGUCCUGAACUCCACCAACAGGACGGUGAAGCCACCUCUGCUUACAGUGAGGAGUUUGAAAGAUAUGCUCAGAAAGACGUAAUUCUGCUUAGAAGUUCUUCAUUAGAACAGGUCAGCAUUAAACUACAUAUCAAGAAAUACAAGGAUUUGAAAUUUGAAGGGGAAGGACUCAGUCAGUACAUUCCUACGUCAUGUUUGAAGACUGACAAAACAUUUGAGAAGAAAGUUCCAAGUCAACCAUUAAUUGCAGACCUAAAUGUUUGUAAAGGAGACAGCGUAGCCAAGCUCUGUACACUCACAGAAGUAACUCAUGAAUCAAUGGAAGCAGCAGGACCUUGCUGGAAGGUUGAGCAGGCUCAGUCUCCUCAGCUUCUGCAGAUACAGAUGAAAUGCAUAAGGGGCCUCAAGAACAAGGCUCCCCAAGGCUCCUACCUCCUCCAAGUGUCCCUGCUUAGUCGACCAGGACGCUCCGUCUUGCAGUGGUGGCAAACGGAACAGCUGAAGACCAGAACAUACCCGGUGAGGCAUGAUGGAAACUUUUAUGAUGUGGGGCUGUAUUUCCACGAAAGCCUUUACGUGGUACUCCCUCCUAAGAAAGAUGUGAAACCUGGCAUGGCUUUCUUGUUUGAGCUCUUUCUCCAUCGUGGGAAAUAUGCUUGUCUCGACGGAGUUGUGGGCUGGGCAGCCUUCCCUUUGUGUGAUAAUAACUUUGAUGUAGUGGAGGGAAAAUUCAAGUGUCCCCUUCUCCGAGGACAUUAUGACCAGAAACUCGACAACUUCAGGAGAAUUGAAGAUUUGAUUUGCCUGGACUUGGACCACUGGUUGUGCAAUCUCUAUUUUAAAGUAAUUAAACUUCCUCUGUGUUCGGACGAUCAAAAAACCCAUGAAAGACGUAUUCAACUUCCCCCUGAAUCUCUAGUUUGUUUAAUGGCUAAAGCAGAGAAAGCAGAAUCAGGUGUGAAUAAUACAGGUGGCCUUUCAGAAAAAGAAACAGAGAAAAACAUUUGUGCAUCGGUGGAUAAUGAAGCUAAAUCCUCCUUACACUCUUCCCAGGGAAGCAUUUCUAAUAAAAUUGGUCCCUGCCUUACAGACUGUGAUCUCAAUCUCUCAAAAGAAGACCAUGAGUUACACAAUAAGGUGGAAAGUAAUUUAGUCUUCAAAGCAGGUUUUGAAGUGUGGGACACGCCAAAGCAGCUGACGUUUGUGAAAUCAAGAGAAAGCCUGACUGAUCAUUCUGUAAAGGAAAAAUCAACUGCUUGGAGAACUGGAGAAAUUGAAGAUUAUUCAGAGGAUACAUCUUACUUGGAGGAACUGGAGAAACAUAAAUUCUCAGUUUGUUGUUCUUCAGUUGCUGAUAGUUGUGGAUCUGGAGAAUUCUUCAAGCAUCUCCAUUUUGUCCUGAAGUCAGUGUGUUUAGAACUUCAAUUAGCUCAAUGGCGAAGAAGCCAUCUCUGGUACAUCAUCCUGCUGAUGGCUUGUCUCUGGUUCCUGAGGCUCUACCUGCAUUACCUGAGCCAGUGGCUUUUCCUCCAGGCCAUUUCAGCUCCUGUUACAAAAUUCCAUUUUUCCCCUCUCACGGUUGAGCUCAGUUACCCAUCUUCUUCACUUUGCGUCGAAGAAGAGUUGCUUGUGGUUGUGGUGGGGACUUUACUGCUGAACACAAUGAUACUUCCUUUGGUUCUGAUCAGAUGGGGCUGUCACCUACUAUUUGCCUCCUGCCCUGAUGUCUUGUCAAAGCUAAUCAUUACCAUGGGACUAUGGACAGUUCUGGACCCAUUGGCAGUCAUAGUGGAUACUAUCCUGGGGCGGCUUACACAUAAUGGGAAGACUCCUGCAGCUGAUGCAGCAAAGCUGUAUUGGGCCUUUGUAAGGAACACGCAAUCAGGAAUUCUUGGUGUAAUGCUCACGGUGCUACUUUACAUCCUCCUGUUCAUCAUUUCUUCUUUGACUUUAUACUUGUACUGUCUCAGAUUACACAACGAUUCUUGGAUAUUAGAUGCAUUUCAACGCAUCCACAGCGAAGAAACCAAGUUCUUUGUACCGUAUGACUUGGAGAUUUCCAAUCAGGAGCUAAGUUAUAUAGAGAAAAGGUCUGAGCACUGGAGAGGAAUCAACGGUGAAAGAAGCAAGGUGAGUUGGUGUGAAGUAGAUUUGUUUUUUGACUGCACAAAAGACACUCAUGCUGUUAGUGUAUCAGCAAGUUGUUAA